AUGAAAGCCGCCAACAGAUACGGCACUCAUACCCCUCAAGGCGCCUUCUCUCAUACACAACAAUUCAAUCUCCCUCAUCGAACGCCUCAACACCAGGCCUCCAAUUCAUCCGGCCUUCCUCCCCCAAGUCUGAGCAACGCCUUCGCAUCCGGUGCCGCCAACCCAUUCGCACCAACAGGCAAUCUUAAUGGCCUAGCAGGAGGCUUCGGGCCCAGCUUCAAUGGCAAUGGUACAGGCCUUGCUAGCCAGGAAGCGGUCAAUCGUUUUCACGAUGCAGGGCAGGGUCAGAAUAAGCACAUGCGGAGAAAUAAGGGCGGGUCGAAGUCACAGCAGGAUCUAAGGAUACGGGAUGUAUAUGCAAGUAAUUUGAAAGAGGAGAUGGAUUUGCUAGAACAACUAGUGGACAAGUACCCAUACAUCAGCAUGGACACGGAGUUCCCAGGCAUUGUCGCUCGGCCAAUGGGCGCCUUCACAACGAAAGCAGACUACCACUAUCAAUGUCUCCGGUGUAAUGUCGACCUUCUUAAAGUGAUACAGCUCGGCAUUACCAUAUUCGACAAAGACGGGAAUCCUCCGCCUGCCAAUUUCGCAGAUAUAUCCGACAUCCAAAUUCUCAACUACUCUCAAAAUCUGAAGCCUUGCCCCACGACAUGGCAAUUCAAUUUCAAAUUCUCACUCGAAGAGGAUAUGUACAACAAUGCCUCCAUCGAUUUCCUUGUAGACAUUGGGCUUGAUUUGAAGAAGAGCGAAACAGACGGUAUAGAUCCCGCAAAGUUUGGGUCGCGUCUCAUCACGUCGGGCUUAGCAUACUUCGAAGACGUGCGAUGGAUAUCGUUCCACUCUGGUUAUGAUUUCGCCUACCUUGUGAAGCUCAUGAACCAAAACGAAUUGCCCGAAGACGAGACCGAAUACCGCAGGUUACUCAAGAUUUAUUUCCCCUGCAUAUACGACAUCAAAUUUAUGAUCCAACACGCUCUGCGAACACAAUCUGUGAAUGACCAGCCCCUCUCUCCUGAAGCCGUCAACAUCCUCAACUCCUUCAACCAAACAAAAGGUAGUCUACAAAGCCUCGCAGACGAACUGCACAUUCGCAGAGUCGGCACCGCCCACUUCGCAGGUUCAGACGCCCUCAUUACAGGCAAAGUGUUCUGGGAGGUGAAAUCAAAGAUCUUCGGUGGCCAAAUCAAUCCCGAAAAAUACAUCGGUCAGAUCUGGGGCCUGAACCUCUCCGGCACUCCUCUUUUCUCGCCGCAAAGCGCAGGUGGAUUUGGCCCGAACGUAGAGGGUCAAGCAAAUACUCCGAAUCUGAAUGGAGCUACGAUCUACAACAAUGGUGUGCAGAAUCAACCUCAGCCACCGAGUACGCCUGCAUCGACGCAUACGGGUCUCGCAAGCACGCCCAGUCAGCAGAGACCAGAUACGGCUGGGGCUGGAGGCGGACUGGGAACGUUGACGCCUGGAGGAGGUAGCGGCGCCUUUGGAUCCUUCAGAUUUGGGAAGGGUUGA